GCAGGCAUCAUAGUCGCAGGUGAACAGAUUUUGGACACAGGUCCAGAGGAGUUCAGAGAUUAAGAUUUCUGAUUUUCGUUUCACCGUGACUGUGAAUCGCCAAUAGAUUUUUCUGUGGGAUCCCAAGGGACCCAAACCUUUCACAGGCUGCCCAUUGAGCACUUGAACUUCCCCACAUACCGAACUUCAUGGACAUCACUGAGCACUCUGUCAUCUUCUGACUUCGUUCUGUGUCAGCUCCUGUUCUCUCAGGCGCAACUGGUGGUGUUUGGAGAUAGGUAGGUUACCCAUAGGUCAGUGCCAGGUCUAAACAAUGCAGUUUGGGUCAAGACCCUAACAGCUCACUCCCAGCGUAUUUCUGGUCGAAAUGACCAAUCGCCUUUGCUAAGGGAGCGCAGCCGCAGCCGUGAUGGGGGUCGCAAGGACAGCCGCAGUCCAAGUCCCAAGAAGAAUAGAUCAGAGGACUAUGGGGUGGAUACCAUGAAAAUCACCGACGACGAUGCAGCCUUCAUCCUGGGCAAAGGUGGAAGAACCAAGGAGAAGAUCUCCAAGGUGUCAGGUGCUGAGAUCGAACUCUUCGAGCGGGACUUGAUUUUGGAGAUCCGUGGAUCCAAGAUGGUUCGGCGCCGCGCCAAGAAGUAUUGCAAGGGCGUCAUGGAUCAGCGCACGGGACCUGUGAGUGUGACGCAGGAUGAUGACGACGACGAUUUGACCAUGAUUUCAGUUCCACAAGAAGCUGUGGGCUUUGUUACUGGCAGGGCUGGCAACUUCUUGCGAACCAUUGAGGAAGAGUGGAAUACUCUGAUGUUCUUCUGCGAAGUCGAUGGUUCGCGUGGACGUGGCAAGGACUAUGAGAAACUGGCGAUCUUCGGCACUGUCCGGGAUUCAGAUUGUGCUUUGGCCAUGGCAAAGUGGGUCUACGACUUUGGAGAUGGCAAGGCAGAUGGCCGAGCUGAGAUGAAGAAUCUUCUCGGAGGAAAGGGUGCAAAUCUCGCUGAAAUGGCCUCCAUCGGAUUGCCCGUGCCACCGGGAUUCACUCUGACUACAGAGGUCUGCACUCACUUCUACCAGAAUGACUGCCAGUAUCCCAAGGAGCUUGAACAACAGGUGGAGAAGGCCUUGAAUUUGGUCGAGACCCGCACUGGACGCAAAUUUGGUGACUCCAUCAACCCACUUCUGGUGUCAGUGCGUUCUGGAGCACGUGCAUCCAUGCCAGGAAUGAUGGACACAGUUCUGAACUUGGGACUGAACGACAUCACGGUGGAGGCUUUGGCAAAGAAGUCAGGCGACCGUCGCUUUGCCUUUGACAGCUACAGACGCUUUGUCCAGAUGUACUCUGACGUUGUCCUCGGCAUUGAGAUCAACCACUUUGAGAAGCAUUUGGAGCGUGCGAAAGAGAAGCGUGGCGUGAAGCAGGACUGCGAGUUGCUUCCAGAGGACUUGGAAAAGCUGGUCAAGUCUUACAAAGCCGUGGUCCAGUUGGAGCUUGGCGAGGAGUUCCCAGAGGAUCCAAAAGCACAGCUUUGGGGAGCCGUUGGUGCAGUCUUCAAUUCCUGGAUGAAUCAGCGUGCAAAGACCUACAGGGCAUUGCACGACAUCCCGGAGUGGUGGGGCACAGCUGUGAACGUCCAAGCCAUGGUCUUCGGAAAUAUGGGCAACGACUGUGCGACUGGUGUUGCCUUCACUCGCGAUCCUUCCACCGGAAAGAAUGAGUUCUACGGUGAGUUUUUGGUCAAUGCGCAGGGUGAAGAUGUCGUCGCAGGCAUCCGCACUCCACAAGAGCUUACCAUCAGGGCUCGCCAGUCCCACGGCUCCGACUUACCAUCCUUGGAAGAAGUGAUGCCAAACAUCUUCCGCGAGUUGCUCUCAGUGCGCAGCCAGCUCGAGACUCACUACAAGGACAUGCAAGAUAUCGAGUUCACCAUCCAGCAAGGCAAACUCUACAUGUUGCAGACCCGCAAUGGCAAGCGAACAGCUCCUGCUGCGCUGCAGAUUGCUGUUGACAUGGCCAAGGAAGGCUUGAUCACCAAGUCGCAAGCUCUUCUGAGUUUGAAGCCGGAUUUGAUUGACCAGCUUUUGCACCCUACUCUGGACCCCAAGGCCAAGAAGGAGAUCAUUGCCAAGGGCCUUCCUGCCUCUCCCGGUGCGGCGGGUGGCAAGGUUGUCUUCUCCGCAGAUGAAGCAGUGCGACGCUGCAAAGAUGGCGAGAAGGUGAUCCUGGUUCGUAUCGAGACCAGCCCAGAUGACAUCCACGGUUUGCACGCAGCAGAAGGAGUUCUGACCACCCGAGGUGGCAUGACCAGUCAUGCAGCAGUGGUUGCUCGUGGAAUGGGCCGACCAUGCGUGGCUGGUGCUGGUAGCAUCACGGUUGACUAUGCCGCUGCCAAGCUCUCUGUGGGCUCUGUGACUGUGACUGAGGGACAGAUCCUCACCAUCGAUGGAAGCACGGGGGAAGUGAUGGUGGGAGAGGUUCCCACAGUGCCACCACAGCUCUCCGGAUCUUUCGGAACCAUCAUGCAGUGGGCAGAUGAAGUCCGUGACAUGAAGGUGCGAGCCAAUGCCGAGACCCCUGCUGAUGCCCGACAAGCUAAGGAAUUCGGUGCCGAGGGCAUUGGCCUUGUCCGCACUGAGCACAUGUUCUUCGAAGGACAGCGAAUUGUAGCCAUGAGGCAGAUGAUCUUGGCCACUGAUGAGGCUGAUCGACGACAGGCCUUGGACAAGUUGUUGGUCAUGCAGAGGGAGGACAUCACGGAACUGUUCCGAAUCAUGGAUGGCAAUCCAGUGACGGUCCGUCUGUUGGAUCCACCGCUGCAUGAAUUCAUCCCCCACACAGAGGCAGAAAUGGCAUUGGUGGCCAAAGCUGCAGGUGUACCUUUGGAUCGCGUGAGAAGACGUGCUGCAGAGCUGCAGGAGGCCAACCCCAUGCUUGGUCAUCGUGGCUGCCGAUUGGCCAUCACCUAUCCCGAGAUUUGCGAGAUGCAGGCACGAGCCAUUUUCGAGGCUGCAGCUGAAGUGGGGCGAAGCUCCAAGAAAUUGCCAGUGGCAGAAGUCAUGGUGCCCCUUGUGGCAACAGUUGAAGAACUGAAGCUGUUGAAGGGUGUCAUUGAGAAGACUGCCGAUGCUGUGAAGAAGGAGCAAGGAAUCACUUUCACCUACAAGAUCGGCACUAUGAUCGAGCUUCCACGUGCAGCCCUGCAAGCGGGCCGUUUGGCAGAAAUGGCUGAGUUCUUCAGCUUUGGCACCAAUGACUUGACCCAGACCACCUAUGGCUUGAGCCGAGAUGAUGCUGGCUCCUUCUUGCCAGAGUACAAGGCCAAGGGUAUUGUCGAGCACGAUCCUUUUGUGAGCUUGGAUCCUGAAGGUGUUGGUGAGUUGAUCACCAUGGCCGUUCAGCGCGGUCGUAGCACCAGGCCAGAAAUGAAGAUGGGCAUUUGCGGUGAGCACGGCGGAGAUCCAGCCUCCAUUGAGGUCUGCGAGAAGAUCGGCCUGGACUACGUGAGUUGCUCGCCCUUCAGAGUUCCUGUUGCACGACUCGCAGCAGCUCAGUCUGCUCUGAAGACAAAGGGUGAGCAAACAAAGCAGAGCUCCACAAAGGCAACCAAGCCUCGGGUGCAGAAUUUUGGCCCUUGGUGAGCUAGAAAUUGGCAUGUGCAGAUUGUGCAGAUUGCGCAGAUUUGAAAACUGUUUAAAUUCGGUUUGAUCAAUUUAGAUCGUCGUCAUGCGUGACACACUUCUUGUCAUUGUAGUUUGUACCAAGUACAUGCACAAGGCAUGGGCUGACAACAAGUCACCAAAGCCGUUUCUGCGAGCACCAUUUUGGCAACGAGGAAUUUCGUUCUGUUGCUGUUUCGUGCUUGCAUUUAAGAGAUUUCAAAGAAGGUGCUGCAAGGAACUUCCAACAGGAAGGUUUGUGGCUUUACUCGACCAAAAAAGGGUAUGAUGCAAGCAGCAGUGGCGGAAGGCUGCGCAUUUUUUCCUGUAUUUUUUCCAGACUUUUCCUGAUUUUCUUUCCAGGGAAGCACCGAGACUGAGUGAAAGUCUUUCAUGAUCCAUGAUUUAGAACCAAUCACUUUGACUGCCGCACCGACUUUGAUGAACAUAUGUCAAAUCAUU